AUGGAUGAAAAAGCUGAAAGAAGUCAUUUAAGUUUUAUAGAUGAUGGUGAAAUGGAUAUUCCUCUUGCUCAUUUGCCAAAAUAUACUGAAUCACCUAAAAAUGUGAUUGAUAUUUGGUUAGAAAAAAUGAAUAAAGGAAUUUUAACUCCUGCUAAUUUUAAAGAUCAUUGGAGAAUAUGGGUGCCAAAAUUUUACGCAUUAGAACCCGGAUCCGAAUGGAAUAUGGAAAAUGAUAAAUCUAAUUGCGAAUUGAUUGAUAAUUUAGAAAUGUUUAUUGCCAAUGGUGAUUUUCAAGAAGUCAUGAAAAGAAUUAAUAAUGUUAAUCAAUCAUCAUCAGUUUGUGGAAAAGUUUUUAAGAUACACGAACCUUUAUAUACCUGCAGAGAAUGUGGUAUGGAUUCAACUUGUGUUUUAUGCGUUACAUGUUUUAAAAAUUCAGCUCAUAGAAAUCACAAUUACAAAAUGGCGUCAGGCAUGGGAGGCGGGUGUUGCGAUUGUGGAGAUGUUGAAGCGUGGAAAAAAGAUCCUUUCUGUGAUAUUCACUUUACUGGUAGUCAGUUAAAAAAUGAUAUUCAAAAAAAUUUUCCGCUCGAUAUGUUAGAAAGAUGUAAGAUCACUUUUACCGGAAUUUUGAAAUAUGCUUAUCAAGUUUUAACAUUAGAGCAUUCACCUGGAUUACCACAUGAUUUGAGGUUAAAAGAAGCAGAACAAGAUCCCUUUAGUUUUUCCGAUAGCCCAGAUGUUUAUUGUACCGUUUUAUAUAAUGAUGAAAUUCAUACAUUUGAACAGGUUAUCAAUAGUUUAGUUAAAAUUGUAAAAUGCUCUCAAAGAGAUGCCACAGAAUAUGUUACAAAUAUAGAUAGGGAAGGGAGAGCUGUGGUCAAAUGCACAUCUUUUCAACAAUGUCAAGAAUUAAAAACCGAUAUAGAACGUUUUACUUCAAAACACGGGGGUCAUCCGUUAAAAGUUGAAGUUGUACAUACGCACGUAAUAGCUCACCAAGUGUUUGCCAUGAAACUUUUACGAUGGCUACAAAAAACACUUUUAACUUGUGAAAAUUUUAGACAAAUAUUUACCCAAGUUGCGCUAACACCCAUUCCCCCGGAUCCCUCGAUCGUCGAAGGAAUUCUUUUGAGGGAUUCGAAAUUGUGGAAAUCGGCGAGAAGUCAUUGGCAUAGAUUAUUUAUAUCCGGAAUGCUUAUGGAAUACAACAGUAAAAAAGCGUUGGCAAAAGUUUUUACCAAGAAUUACGGUACGGUGAUAAAAGACUUUAUCAACGAUGAUCACGAUCAUUCGUUUUCAAUAGCCAGUUUAUCCGUUCAAAUAUUCACGACUCCGACUCUAACGCAUCAUUUAAUAGCCGAAGAAGAAGUUUUAUUUAUAUUGUUUCACACUUUCAUGUCGGAGUGCUCGAGGAAAUUUAAUAAAAAUGGAAAGUUGCAAUUCGAUAGAAAUGUUUCUAAUCAAAGUUUUAAAAGAGCACAAUAUAUUUUGUACGAUUUGAAAUAUUUAUUCAGUUCCGUGCCGACAGAAUCUCAAUGGACGGACAAUCUUAGACGAGGUUUUCUUCAAGGUUUCUCGUCAUUUUUAAAUCUUUUAACUUGCAUGCAAGGAAUGGAUUCUGUGACGCGUCAAGUUAUACAACACAUGGAAUUCGAACCGGUAUGGGAAGCAGCUUUUCAACUUCACAUCAAGUUGUCUUUAGUUAUUACUCUCAUUAUAAAAUGGUGUGGCUCCGACAAAGUAGUAUUAAUAAAAGCUUUCCGUGCAACAUUAAACAAAUUAAACGAGUGCAAGCUCGAAGGAACUCAAACGAAUGAAGUUCGAGAAUUAGCAGAUCAUAGUGCGACUUGCAUUCAAUUCGAUGUAGCCACUCAACCGGUGUCCAUACAUUUACCAUUAUCGAGAUUUUUGGCCGGAUUAUAUUUGCAUUUAGGAAAAUAUAAUUUGACGUUUAAUAGCCCAGAAUUUCAAGCCACUGUUAAACCGUCCCCCGAGCAAAUUAUUGAACCGAUUUUAAGAACUCAGGUUAUGAUUGCUCAAGUGCAUUCUGCUAUGUGGAGAAGAAAUGGUUACUCUCUGUUAAAUCAAUUAUAUCUUUAUCAUAGCGUGCGAUGCAGAACGGAAAUGUUGGAUCGCGAUGUUGUUAUGCUUCAAAUGGGUGCCACGUUAAUUCAAAGCGACGAAUUUUUAAUUCAUCUCUUAAAUAAAUUUAAUUUAUUAAAUUGGGCGGAUCCAGAUUUCGAAGAGAAUUCGCUAAAAAAUCGGGAAGACGAUAGCAUGCAUCAAACGAUAAGUCUCGUCGAAGAAUUUCUAGGGCUUCUUAUAGUUAUUUUAGGGGAAAGAACGGUGCCCGGAGUGGGAAAAGUAACGUGCGAUGAUCAAAUUAAAAAGCAAAUAGUUCAACAAUUAUGUAUAAAACCAAUGGCGCAUUCUGAAUUGAAUAAAACUUUGCCCGAUGACGUAAACCUCGAAACCGGUUUGGAAAAAGUUAUUGAUGAAGUGGCAGUUUUUAAAAAACCGGUUCAAGGCUCGGGGAAAGGUGUUUACGAAUUGAAACCUGAAUUAUACGAUCAAUAUAACAUGUACUUUUACCAUUACACAAAAGAAGAACUUUCUAAAUCGGAAGAAGAACAAAGGAAAAGGCGGAAAACGGCCAAGGAAUUGGAGUGUUGUCCGCCUCCGAAACUUCCGCUUUUAACCGAAGCUUUCCACACGCUACCUAAUUUAUUUCAAUGCGACGUCAUGUUUUACAUUAUUCAAACCGUUCUUAAACGUUGUUUAAAUUUAAGAGCGAGAAGUUUUUCCGAGCAUCAGUUGCAAAAAGUCCUGCAUUUAAUUGGUUAUGCCUUGCAGGAAGAAGAGUCUAAAGAAUAUCCAUACCUGAUGUUUGCAGAAAAAUCAAUGAAAUGGAAUAUAGAAAAAUUAUUAGAAGACCUACUGCCUAGCGCUCGAGUAGAAGCUCAUAGAGAUAUGUUAACUUGGACCUUGAAUAAAUUUAAGCAAGUGAAGGCGACUAGGGAAAAUGUAGAAGGAUCCGUGCCGAUGUGUACGUCAACCGAUGUUCCGAACGAAAGUUCUGGAAAAGACAGCAAAGAAUGGAGAGCGAAAAUGGCGGCGGAAAAAAGAGCGAAAAUCCUUGCUCAAAUGGCGGCCAUGCAAAAAAGCUUCAUGCAAGAAAAUGCAAAAUUGUUUGAAAAUACAAUUUCCUACCCCGAGAAAUCGGGCGAGCGAGUAUCAAUGAUGGAUUACAGUGAAAGUGAUGAAAAAGAUCCCGUGGCUUUGGGACCCAAUCAAACUUCGAAAUUUCUUUGCGAAAAAACAUUCACUUGCAUUCUAUGUCAGGAAGACACUGCUGUUUCCGUCGAAGGCUCGGCCUUGGUUUCGCCGGCAUUCAUUCAAAAAUCAACCGUACACGCGAAUAGUCGAGUCGGAAUGGAAAAACCCGACGAAGUUUUAGCCAAACCUCUUUUUCUUCCGACUAAUUUUCGUCCUCAGCCUCACACUAGGAUUUGUAGUCACGUGAUGCAUAGCUCUUGUUGGAGGAAAUAUUUCGAUAUAGUUUUAGCAAAGGAAAAUAGGCGUCCUUACCGUUUGAGACAGCCCAUGGGUUUUGACAUUGAGAAAAAAGAAUUUUUUUGUCCUUUGUGCGAAUGUUUGAGUAACGCCGUUCUUCCUAUACUUCCACCCUUGGGAACGAUCAAACCGACCACUCCCAUCUCGGAAGUUACUUUCGAAGAAUACGUCGAAGGUUUGAUGGUGGCAUUGAAACACAAGAGCAGACAACAAACAUCGACUAAUUCUCCAAUGAAUUUCGCAUCGGACGAAGUCGAAGAUGAAUAUUUCGGUAACAGUUUACUUCGCAUAAGCCUUUUGGACAAGGUUCAAAGCGAAAUGGGCGAAGGAUCCGGAUCGAGGUUUUCGGAGCUUUUCCCUCAGGAUGAUCCUCCCAAAUUAUCACAAUCUCUCGUAGACAUGAUUUUAUUUUUUGCAAAUGCAACGUACGCGAAAGGUUUAAACGUCAUUCCGUCUAUAAAUAAUUUUUUCGUACCGAUAAUGGCGUGGAACACUUGUUACUACACGAUUUUAUCAACCGAAAGCCUUUUGGCAGAUCAGGAUAAGCCACUCAUGGGUGCAUUGUCAAGUCGUCAGAAAGACUGUUUGGAAAACUUGACUCGAUUUGCCGGAGUUUUGGGAGUCGUUUGGGAGAAAGCAUACGACAUAAGCAAUCACGCGCUGUUUUUGCUGUCGAUGAUCUUGAAAAACAAUUCCAAGGUUCUGGCUCUCCCCUGCAUACUCGAUUGGGAUUCUUUCGGUCUUUUGGUACCUUUAACCCUUUCUCUACCGAAUUUAUUUUGUAAUAACGCGGCCGGAAACGUUCCCACGGGAGGGAUUUUAGAAUUGUACACGUUGAAACUUGUAUUUUUAUCUCACGUAACGAAAAUCCUUUUGAUCACCGAGUUCGGCGGGGGGGAAAUGGAAAACGACGAUUUUGAAAAUACGACAAAUCUAUCGUUGCACGAAUCGGAAAUUGUUUUAGGCGUGCUUUCGAGCAUAAAAAAAGCUUGCAAUUACGAUUUGUCAGACGUUUGGGAAUUGAAUGCGGAUCACGUGUGGGAAACGGUGAAAAGAGCCUCGCUGCCAUUUUUACGUUGCUGUGCAUUAUUUUAUCACUUUUUAACCGACGUACCGUAUCCGGUUUGUUUAACGGAAUUGGGUGGAGACACGUACGAAGAAUUAUGUAAAUAUUUAAGUUUACCACUGACGGUAACGGAAUUGUUUGAAUCUCCCAAAUACAAGGACUUGAUAACGAUAUGGUUGACUCACGAAAGAGUGCCCGGAUGCCUGUCGUCGAAAAGUUUCGUGAGUCUGCCCAAAGCCAUAAACGGCCUAGUGAAUUUACCGAGAGACUACAGCGAAUUGAUAAACAUGGUAUCGACAUUUACGUGUCCGAACAGCGAUAGGGACGACACGAGAAAUCCGACGAUGUGUCUCGUUUGCGGAGAAAUGUUGUGCUCCCAAAGUUAUUGCUGUCAACAGGAAUUGAAUAACAUAUCGGUGGGAGCGUGCACAUUUCACGCUCACCGAUGCGGAGCAAAUUGCGGAAUAUUUUUAAGGGUUCGAGAAUGCGAAAUAUUAUUGUUGGCCACGCCGAACAGAGGUUGUUUCUUGCCCGCGCCCUAUCUCGACAGGUACGGAGAAGCGGAUCCAGGUUUGAGCAGGGGUAAUCCUCUAACUCUGAGUCAAGAACAAUAUAAAAAAUUGAGAUUUCUUUGGCUGAGUCACGGUAUUUACGAGAAAAUAGCAAGAGCGACGGAUUCGAGCAAUAACGUGGUGGCAACGCAAUGGCAAAAUUUGUAA